CUCAGCCUGAACAACAACAAGUCGGACUGAGAAAUCGGAGAAAUCCCAUCAAAAAGCCAAACAUCACGCACGCACUCCACCCGAUCCGUUGGUAAUCUCCGUCUAUCCAGAGACCACUGGGAAUUUGGUCUAUCCACCCACAGUGCUACUAGACCGUCCCCCCCAAGUAUCAUCCUUAGGUAGCUAACCUUUUGCUUGUCAGCUGCCACUGUUUUCGAGGCCCUUGUUGUAACCGAGCUGCCCUAGGCUUGCGCCGCGCUCUAGGCGCCCCCAGGUCCUGGCAACCAAAAGGUUAGGUCAGGUUAGGUUAGUUUAUCUUUAUUUGUCCAAACUUCCAGAAAAACAGCAGAAGCAAAAGGCCAGCUACGUAAGGACUAUACGUGAUGGGCUCAAAACGUGGAUGACGUGAAGUGGUGGGCGCUCGAGCGAUCGAUCUUGGCUCCCUCAUGAUGCGGGCCGAUGCGGGUUGGUGGCUCAUCCUGCCCUGGGUUUUGUGCCUGGGAAUAGGGCUGGCGGGUGUUCAAGCUCGCGGUAAUGUCCGCACUUACACGCCUCAGGAUUUGGAGCGUUUGAGGGAAGACGUUCGAAGCAUGUUUCAGCACGCCUACCAGAGCUAUCUCGACCACGCCUACCCCUACGAUGAGCUUCGUCCGCUCUCGUGCGACGGUGUUGACACCUGGGGUAGUUAUUCGCUCACCCUCAUUGACGCCCUUGACACCUUGGCUGUUAUGGGCAACUACUCCGAAUUUCGACGGGUCUACGCCCUCGUAGCCCAACGCCCCAACUUCGAUGCUGACAUUAACGUGUCCGUCUUCGAGACCAACAUUCGGAUUGUGGGCGGUCUCGUGGCCGCUCAUCUCAUGGCCCAACGGGCCGGCGCGCCCUUAGAACCGGGCUGGCCUUGCGCCGGUCCGCUGCUCCGCUUAGCCGAAGAUGUGGGUCGCCGUCUCUUGCCCGCCUUCAACACGGAGACGGGUAUGCCUUACGGGACGGUCAAUCUGCGCCACGGUGUGCCUUCGGGUGAAACCCCCAUUACGUGCACGGCGGGCGUAAGCACGUUUAUUGUGGAAUUCGGUGCGCUCAGUCAUUUGACGGGCCAGCCCAUUUUCGAAGCCACGGCUAUGCGCGCGUUACGGGCUCUGUUUUACCAUCGAUCCCCUUUGGGCUUGAUGGGGAAUCAUAUUGACGUGCAAACGGGUAAAUGGACCGCUACCGACUCGGGCAUUGGUGCGGGUGUGGACUCCUACUACGAGUACUUAGUUAAAGGCGCGCAACUCCUCCAACGACCAGAGCUAAUGCACAUGUUUAAGGUCGGACAAGAGGCCAUUGAUCAGCAUAUGCGUCACGACGAUUGGCAUUUUUGGGUGGGCAUGAAGCAGGGUGCCGUUACAAUGCCGGUCUUUCAGAGUCUCGAGGCGUUUUGGCCCGGUACCUUGAGCCUGAUUGGUGAAAACAUGAAGGGUCUCAAAAGUCUGCACAACUACCAUCAGAUCUGGAAGCAAUACGGAUUCAUGCCCGAGUUCUAUAACGUGCCACAAGGGCAAGCUUCCAGCAAACGGGAGGGAUACCCGUUGCGACCAGAGCACAUUGAAAGUAUCAUGUAUUUGUAUCGAGCCACCAAAGAUCCGUUUCUUCUUCAAGCCGGCGAAGAUAUCCUGCGCUCCAUUGAACAUUCGGCACGCACGGAAUGCGGGUAUGCCACCGUCAAGGACGUUAGGGACCACACCCUGGAAGACCGUAUGGAAUCCUUCUUCCUGGCCGAGACCACCAAAUACCUCUAUCUAUUGUUCGAUACCAACAAUUGGAUCCACAACCCGGGAAACACGGCCCAAAUCCACGAGACGCCCCACGGAAAAUGCGUUCUCAAUGCUGGCGGGUACAUUUUCAACACAGAAGCCCAUCCUAUUGAUCCGGCAGCUCUGAAAUGUUGCUCCUCGCAUUCGGAUCGGGAGAUCAAGGACUUCAUGAAGGAGCACCUUUUGGAUGUAUUGGAACCGGAGAGCUUGCUCAAGUUCCAAGGCGAUCUCGUGCCCGCUCGCAUUCAACAAAUUCAGGCCGCUCGAGACCACGAAAUGGAGCAAAGACGUCAAAGAAAACAGGAAUACUUGAAACGGAUUGAGGACCAACGCUUGAAGGAGCGUUUGGCCAUCAAGCGAAAACGUGAAUUGGACGAAUUGAGGAAAGCCAAAACUGUCGAGUAUCAGAGCGAAAAAGGGGACAAUGCCGAGAUCCCCCUUGGUCAAGGGACGGUGGAGGUGGUUCAGAUUGCGGAUUUGAAUGUCACUGCCGGGAAGGAAAGUCCAGGGCAAGAGGUAUUAGAAGUGCCCUAUGAGGAAGAAGCGAAUGAUAACGAGAUCGAAGGUAAAGUGGUUCGAGUGAACGAGAUGUUUGAGAAAGAGGACUCGCCCGAGUUUCAAACGCACACCCCGCAGAUCACACCGGUGAAAGAGGAGACCACCAUCCAGGGUGUGCUGAUCAAACGACAGAGUAAGGACGAGGCCAUUGAAGAGCUCCAACCCCAGGUGACCACCAAAGGCAAGAACUUUGUCAACACAUUGACAGAUGUGCUUAAGAAGUUGUUACCCACCCAUGGGGAGGAUUUUGAUCUGGACGAGUUUACUCGGAGCGUGAUGGACCAGAAAAGUUACGUGCUCAAUCAGAACUGGUACCAGGACCAUUUCGUGAUGGCUUGUCCAGCUCAGAGUUUCUUGGAACGCUUCAGCUUGCAAGGAGAGUUCUUCGAAGACUAUUGAAUUGCUUGUCGCAAUCACUGUGAUACGAUACGUGUACCAUCAUCAUUGUUAAUGUUAUGACUAUUAUUUUCAAUAUUAGAUUUAAUUGUUAUGUCUAUAAAAAUGAAUCUUGA